GCGCACAAGCCUCUAACCAAAGCGGACGGUGUCGCACAUCGCACCUGAUCUGUUUGACAAAUAUGGCGGCAGCAGUUUGCGGUCGGCUACUAAAUAACCUUUCUUCAACAUAUAAACAUGUAACAGGACUCAAUUAUUAUCCUAUUGGUUUUUUACAAACGCGAAAUUAUGCUGCUAGAAAAGGUACAAGAGAAAAGGCUAGAAAGAAAAAGAUCAAGGUGGUUGUUGAAAAAGUGGGCUUUAUUCCACAUAAUCAGAGAGACAAGAUGGUUGAAUUUAAAAAGAAAAAAAUUGAUCUCAACAAGAUUAUAUUAGAUGACAGCAAAAAACCAGAUCGUCCAAAGGAUGAUGUAUUGAUUGAAAAACUUUAUAAAUGGAAGAUUUAUUCAUUUGAAGAAGCUGUACAAUGUCAUCGUGAAACACAUCAUCCUACUAUGUAUAAUUUACCAAAUGCUCAGAUAAAAGCACUUAUAGAAUUGGAUUUGCAGAGUCCAAAAAAAGGAAAAACUCUGGAUACUUUUUCACAAAUAGCAAAUAUGCCAAAUUCUUUUGCUCAUGAUCAACACAGAAAAGUAGUGGUAUUUUGCAAUGAUCCUGAAAUGCGGGAAGUUGCAAAACAGACUGGUGCUCACCUCACCGGUGACAAAGAUUUAAUCAAACAAGUUCAAAGUGGACAAAUUUCACUGAAAGAGUAUGACAUAAUUAUAGCAGAACCAAGCAUCUUGCCUGAUCUGUUAUUAAUCAAAGGACUUAUAAAAACUAAGUUUCCAAGUGCUAAAGCAGGUACUUUGAGCACUGACGUAAAAGCGGCUGUAAGUAAAUUUCUGUCAGGUAUAAAAUAUACAGCAAAGCCACACGAGUAUCUAAAAACUUACGGCACCAUCGACGUCGCAUUUGGAACGAUUGAUAUGGAUACAAAACAAUUAGAAGAAAAUCUUAUCUCUCUUAUUAAGGACGUUAACGACGCGAAACCACGACGAUCCGGCUCUUUUAUCACAAGAAUUCGUAUUAAAUGUCCGCCAUCACAUGAAUUGUUCAAAAUUGAUUUUGAAAAGUAUCUGUCAACUGACGCACCGACAAAAGAAAAAGAAGAACUGGAAGAAGAUGAGGAAGAUGACAUGCAUAUUAUCGCAUCGAAUUAAUCCUGUUUAUUAGGAUUUCAAUAAAAUUAUAUCUAUUGUUAAAUACACAAAAAUUGCAAUAAUGGCUAUCAA